AUGUCCUUCUUCCAGCGUUUAGUGUCAUACGUGAUCAACGAUGUGGCCGUAAAGGCUCUGUCCAACUCGCGCGCCUUCCAGCGAUUUGCACUGAAGACACAUUACCACAUGGAGGACGCCAAGACGAUGGCCUCCACAAGCGCCGAUGUACUCAAGAAUUCGUUCGAGACUUACGCGCCAAAGGUCAAGGAGUUUGGUGAGGCUUUUCGAGAGGAAUUGGCGCGAGACAUGAAAAAGGCUAUUUUUGUAUUCCUGAAGUGCAUGCUUGACUUGGUUUCUUCCACGAGUUUACAUUUGUUGGUACACGCAAGACAUGCAAGCUUUGAUGGCAGUGUCUAG